UGCAGCAGCGGCAGCGGCAGCGGCAUGGAUCGGUCGAUAGGGUGCGGUGUGGCAGGUGCCUGCCCCCACUCCACUCCACCAGCCCAGCAGCAGCAGCAGCACCAACCUCCCUCCCUCCCGUCCCCCCUCCAUUCGCUUCCCUCGUCCGCCCGGUAGGAGUACUAGUAGAUUAGAUAGGCGGGCGGGAUUGAUUUUGAUUGAUCGCCUUCCUUCUCGAGUUUCUCCUUCUCCUUCUUGCGGGCGGGUUCUGCUCUGCUCUGCUGCCGCGGCGCCGAGGCAGGGGAAUUUCGGUCCUGUCUUCUCCGUCGCCGCCGCCAUCGUCUUGGCCGGGGCGAGUCUGCGGCCUGCGGGAGAGGAUGGAGACGUGGGCGCGGUGGCGGUGGUGGGCGGUGGCCGCCGCCGGCGUGCUCUGCGCGCUCCUGCCGCCGGCCGCCGCCACGCUCUCUCCCACCGGCAUCAACUACGAAGUGGUGGCGCUCAUGGCCAUCAAGACGGAGCUGCAGGACCACUACAACGUGCUCGACAACUGGGACAUCAACUCCGUCGACCCCUGCAGCUGGAGGAUGGUCACCUGCUCCUCCGACGGCUACGUCUCAGCGCUUGGUCUGCCCAGCCAACGCCUGUCUGGUAAGCUGUCGCCCGGCAUCGGGAACCUCACCAGGCUGCAAUCUGUGCUGUUGCAGAACAACGCGAUUUCUGGCACUAUUCCUAGCACCAUAGGCAGGCUGGGGAUGCUUCAGACGCUUGACAUGUCAGACAAUCAUCUUACCGGGAGCAUCCCGACUUCACUCGGCGAUCUCAAGAACCUCAACUAUCUGAAAUUGAAUAACAACAGUUUAUCUGGAGUUUUACCUGAAUCACUAGCCACCAUUAAUGGCCUUGCACUUGUAGACCUUUCGUUUAACAACCUGAGCGGUCCCGUGCCAAAGAUUUCUGCAAGAACUUACAGCAUUGCUGGAAAUUCAAUGAUCUGUGGUGUCAAGUCUGGAGACAAUUGCUCAUCCGUGUCGCUGGACCCGCUUUCUUAUCCACCAGAUGACCUUAAGAUUCAGCCACAACAAGCCAUGUCAAGAAGUCACCGCAUUGCUAUCAUCUGUGGAGCAACUGUGGGUUCUGUAGCGUUUGUCGCUAUCGUGGUCGGUAUGCUUCUUUGGUGGAGGCAUAGGCGUAAUCAGCAGAUAUUUUUUGAUGUAAAUGCUACAGAUCAAUAUGACCCAGAAGUAUGCUUGGGCCAUCUGAAAAAGUACACCUUCAAGGAGCUUCGAGCAUCUACCAACAAUUUCAACUCAAAAAACAUAUUAGGUGAAGGUGGAUAUGGGAUAGUAUACAAGGGUUUCUUACGUGAUGGUUCAAUUGUGGCUGUUAAAAGACUGAAAGACUACAAUGCUGUUGGUGGGGAAGUUCAAUUUCAAACUGAAGUUGAAGUCAUAAGCUUAGCUGUUCAUCGGAAUCUCCUACGGCUCAUUGGAUUUUGCACUACAGAGUGUGAGAGAUUACUUGUUUAUCCUUAUAUGCCAAAUGGAAGUGUUGCUUCUCAAUUGCGUGAGCAUAUAAAUGGCAAGCCAGCUCUAGAUUGGUCAAGGAGAAAGAUGAUUGCACUGGGUACAGCACGAGGGCUGCUUUAUUUGCACGAACAGUGUGAUCCAAAAAUAAUCCAUCGCGAUGUCAAAGCCUCCAAUGUGCUUCUUGAUGAAUAUUUCGAAGCAAUUGUGGGGGAUUUUGGAUUGGCAAAACUUUUGGAUCACCAGGAGACCCAUGUUACCACAGCAGUGCGUGGUACCGUGGGGCACAUAGCUCCAGAGUAUUUGUCAACUGGGCAGUCAUCGGAGAAGACAGAUGUGUUUGGGUUUGGAGUCCUGUUGGUUGAGUUGAUCACUGGCCAGAAAGCAUUAGAUUUUGGAAGACUAGCAAAUCAGAAGGGCGGAGUGCUUGAUUUGGUAAAGAAGCUCCAUCAAGAAAAGCAGCUGAACAUGAUGGUGGACAAAGACCUGGGCAGCAACUACGACAGGGUGGAGCUGGAGGAGAUGGUGCAGGUGGCUCUGCUGUGCACCCAGUACUACCCGUCCCACCGCCCCAGAAUGUCGGAGGUGAUCCGGAUGCUGGAAGGGGACGGGCUCGCGGAGAAAUGGGAGGCGUCGCAGAACGUGGACACUCCAAAGUCCGUCUCGUCGGAGCUCCUGCCCCUGAAGUUCACCGAUUUCGCCGGGGUGGAUGAGUCCUCGGUCGGCCUCGAGGCCAUGGAGCUCUCCGGACCAAGGUGACCGUCGACGGCGACCGAUUUGAUCGCGCAGAUGCUUGCUUGUGUCUCAAUGGCCAUUGCAUUCGAUUAGCUUCGGAGAGCCUGGGCAAAGGGAGAGGUGACAUUUUUUUUCCAUGUGGGUUAGGGUAAGGGUAGGGGUGGUGGCAUUCAUUUGUACAUACGGGCAUGGUGAUUGUGUAUUGCGUGAGCUGAGCUCGGCCCAUCGUUGCUGCUCAUGUACAUGUAGGUUAAGAGAGGAGAAGAGAUGAGAUGAGUUGAGUAAAUAUAGAAAGGAAUUUUUCCAUUAGUCAGAUAUAUCCUGUGUCUUUCCUCUUCUUUGUCAGGCCUUGCACAUGAUUGUUAGUAUCUUACUGCUCU